UUAUAACCCUUUGGUUUAUAAAACCAACCCAUCAAUACUAGCAACUCCACAAAUGAAACUGCCCUUCUCUGCUUCUAUGGGUACUAGUUUGAGGGUAUUGAUGUUUCCAUGGUUGGCUCAUGGACACAUCUCUCCUUACUUAACUGUGUCUAAAAAACUUGCUGACAGGGGAUUUUAUGUCUACCUUUGUUCUACGCCGGUUAAUCUCAAUCUCAUUAAGAAAAGGAUCCCUCAAAAGUAUUCUCUUUCAAUUCACCUUGUUGAACUCCAUAUACCAGAAUUACCUGAGCUUCCUCCUAAUUACCAUACAACAAAUGGACUUCCAACCCAUCUCAACUCCACUCUCAAAAAAGCUGUCAAAAUGUCCAAACCUGAAUUUUCAAGAAUAUUGCAUGAUUUGAAACCUGAUUUGUUAAUACAUGAUGUAUUACAGCUAUGGGCUAAGGAAAUUGCAAAUUCAAAAAACAUUCCAGCCAUCACACUCUUAACUUUUGGUGCAGCUGUUCUUUCCUACUUUUUGCAUUCAAAGAAAAAGCCAGGAAUUGAGUUCCCUUUCCCAGCUAUUUAUUUGACGAAAAUCGAGCAAAAACGGAUGCAAGAAACGAUGGUAGAAGUUGCUAAAUAUAAGGAUCCUGAUGAUGAGGACCCUUUUGCUGAAGACCCUACACAAGUCAUACUGCUGAUGAGUACCUCCUUAUCAAUAGAGGCCAAAUAUAUUGAUUACCUGAGUGAAUUGACCCAAUCAAAAUAUGUUCCAGUUGGUCCUCCAAUCCAAGAACCCAUGAAUGAGGAUGAUGGGGAUAUGGAACUCAUUGAUUGGCUAGGAAAGAAAAAUGAGCAUUCAACUGUAUUUGUCUCCUUUGGAAGUGAGUAUUUCUUGACUAAGGAAGAAAUGGAAGAGAUAGCUUAUGGAUUAGAACUUAGCAAUAUAAAUUUCAUAUGGGUUGUGAGGUUUCCAAAGGGGGAGGAAGUCAAGCUUGAAGAAGCUCUACCACAAGGUUUUCUUGAAAAAAAUGACCACAGGGGAAGAGUUGUUAAUGGAUGGGCACCACAACCAAGAAUUCUAAGCCAUCCAAGUACUGGAGGAUUUGUAAGCCAUUGUGGUUGGAAUUCUGUAAUGGAAAGCAUAGAUUUUGGUGUGCCAAUAAUAGCCAUGCCUAUGCACAUUGAUCAGCCCAUAAAUGCAAGGUGGAUGGUAGAAAUUGGAGUAGCUGUAGAAAUUGUUAGAGAUGAUGAAGGGAAGGUUCACAGAGAAGAGGUGGCACAAGUUAUCACAAGUGUGAUUUCUGAGACUACAGGGGGGAAUUUAAGGGAGAAAGUUAAGGACAUAAGUGAAAAAUUGAAGUCCAUAAGAGAAGAAGAGUUGGAUGCAGCUGUUGAAGAGCUAAUACAACAUUGCAAAAAAUCCUCUAGAUAGUAUCAAAAUUUGGAUUAGUAAAUUACUCCUUCCGUUUCUUUUCACGGGUCAUAGUUGCAGGUUAUAGUAUUUUCGUAUAUGUUUUUGAAAAUUCAAAUUUUAAUUUUAAAA